AUGAUUUUCAAAGCCGCUGCGCUCACUGUUUUCCUCUUUCUUUCUUUCUCGGCGAGCGCCGCUCCGAGCUUUGAUUUUCGUACAGUGCACUCUCCCCCUGGUGAUAGCAAGACGGAUGGUAGUGCGUCAGCUUCGUCCUUGGUGGCGGUUGAGUCCGCGGUGUCUUGCGCCACACAAGCAGUAGCAGUAGCUAUUGCCGUUUCUUCGGAGGCCGUUUCGUCGUCGAUAGUGGAUUCUUCGGCAUCAAUAUCGGUUUCAGCGGCCUCAGCGACCAAUACAUCUUUAGGGAAGAAGUCUUCCGGCUCUGGGGGGUCAGCUUCAUCCGCCGUCUCCGCGGUGGCAUCUUCCUCCGCUGCCUCUUCGGUAGCAUCGUCGGCUACUGCUUCUGUAGUCUCUUCGGCGUCUGCUUCCGCGAGCGGGUCAUCAGAGAACGGCUCAUCAAAGAACGGGUCGAAGGGUUCGAAGGGUUCGAAGGGGUCUUCGUCCUCUUCGGUCGUAUCAUCAGCCGCUGCCUCCGCGACAGCAUCGAGCUCUUCUGGCAAUAAUUCCACGGAGGCAGUGUCGUCUUCCGCUUCUGUCUCUUCAACUGCGUCAGCAGCUGCUGCCUCGAGCACUGCAUCUGCUAGUAAUAACAGUAGCGAUCCCCAGUCCGCGUUGACAUUGCUUCCUUCUGUUAUUGCGACAGGUUUCGAGGACAACGGUCAGGAUGUGCCGGCUGCUGGACAAGUCGCGUCAUUGACAUCGUCGAACAACUUCAUCAACUUCUGUGCGACUGUCCCUCAGUUGCCGAUCACCAACGGCCAGCAAAUUACAACGGGUUCCUGCAACCCAGCCCCGAUGGGUAUUAUCGCCGCCACUACCAACAUGCCCUCCGCGAAAUUUGUCUUCCCCGCCAACGGCGCCACCAUCCCCGCGAACCAAAACUUCACCAUCCAGAUGGCCGUCUCGAACUUCGACACUGGGUUCUUCGUGAACGCAGAGAAGAACUACUUCGCAGGGCCCCAGGUCGUUAACAGCGCCGGGAACAUCCAGGGCCACUCGCACGUCGUGAUCGAGAAGCUUACGUCGCUCAACCAGACAACGCCCACGCAGCCCACCAUCUUCGCAUUCUUCAAGGGUAUGAACGAAGCCGCGCAGAAUGGCGUCCUGACCGCGACUGUGACAAACGGUCUGCCCGCAGGCGACUAUCGAUUGGCUUCGAUAAACUCUGCCGCAAAUCAUCAGCCUGUGCUCGUGGCUAUCGCCCAGCACGGCACUCUCGACGACAUGAUCUAUUUCACCGCGCAGUAA